AAUUUCCCUCAUGUUCAAUGUUUUGAUGUUAGUAGCUUACAUGAUCAUCUCAGAAAUUUUUUCCUGAAAUUGGUAAAGGAGUUCUGAAGAUCAGUUUGGGUGGAAUCCUCCAUACGUCUUUUCAAGCAUAAUGCGUUAUUACAGACUAUUAUGAGUAAGAGAUGUUCAUCUUAUUCUCAGUUAAUGAACUACUUCAGCAGUUUAUGCCACACUUCCGAAGCUUCUUCCCCAUGUUAUGUUAACGUCUUGCUACAUUUAUCUUAUUGUUGGACCUGGUUGGAUCCUAAAGUGCCCAUACUGAAUGGCCUGUACAACAUACUUCCUGCUUCCCGUUCCUGGUGGUUCCGUGGCCUUGUCACCACCUCGUCUGACUGGUCAUUUAUGCAACAGCCUUGUUUACUUCAUGAACCCACCCUUCUGAUCUGAAGAGAAUCACCUCUCACUAACCUCUUCAUUUUGGCUCACAGACACACAGUGGAACACUUGUCACCCCAGUAGCUCCCAGUCCUGUGUCUCUGACCAUUGGUAACCAUGAUGCAGGUUUGGAUACUCUCACUACUGCUGCCUCUCACACUGUCAUUCUCUGGUCUACAUGUUGAUCCUAGCAAAAUUCAUGCUUUCCCAGAGAGACACAUAGCCGGGGUGUUUCUGGUCAGCUACACAAAUGACCUCAACCAGUUUGCCUAUGCCUUUAAUGCCUCUGAGGCCAGGGAGGUGUGCUGGUCUCUGGGUGUAACCAUGGCCUCCAAUUCCCAGGUUGAGGAGGCUCAGAGACUGGGCUUGGAAACAUGCAGGUUUGGGUGGAUUGAUGAACAUUUUGCAGUGAUACCUCGUAUUGAGGCCAGUAAAACCUGUGGUCAAAACCAGACCGGUGUCAUCAAAUGGAGAGCCUCUGUCACCAAACUUUUUGAUGUGUUCUGCUUCAAUGCUUCAGGAGCAGCCUCACCCCCCUCUACCUCCCUCUCUCCAGCCAUCAUUCAUCUUGUCCCUUCCACACAGUCCACACGGCCCACCCCUCAUUCUCGCUCCUCCCUUCUCUCUCUCAGUAGUUUUUCUGAUAACCCAGAGGAGGUAGAGGUAGAACUACCCCAGUCCACGAGCAGUGCAAAGUCUUCAAUUGGAGCGGUGCCAAAAGCAUUACUUAUCACCUCGGCCGUUGUUCUUCUUCUGACUGCAAUGGCCGUUCUCUUGUACUUUAGAACGAUCAAUGGCCUCAAGACUAUUCUCCUCUGCUGGGAUGGGGAGCAGCAGAACGAGUACAUUGAGACAGAGGAGUGUGCAGCACACACCUGUAUGAAGGACACAAAGGAAGCUCAGACUGAGGCUGAAGCUAAGGCUGAGCCUGAGGAGGAUGUGUGCAAAGAGACAGCCAGUGACAUCAGUGUGAACAUCAGUGAUGAGACCAACACUGAUUCAGCAUCAGAGACAAAACCUUGAUGCUUUAGAUUAUGUAAAACCAAAGAUAAGGUCAGGCUGCUUUUUUAAAGUUAUGUUCCUGCUUAUGGAAGUUUAGUAGUUUGUACAAAGUGUGCAUUGAUGUUAUUCAAAUGCAUUUAUUUAUAGCAUGGGAUGCCUUUACAAUUUUGCUUUAAAAAGUGACUUUGUGUCGUUCAUAUUCAAAAUAGAUUGUUCUAGAGAUCAUCCUAUAUUUUAACCACUAGAUGGCAAUGUCAUCAAGGCAAUUAUCGCUGCAGCUUGGAUGAGUUGAGUAGCUGAAUUGAAAAUGGGUUCAUAUUUUCUGCUAUACAGAUACAUUUUAUGACUUCAGAUAAAGUUAGUCAGUAUGCCAUGGCCAUUGCAUGUUAAAUCAUGUGUUUUAACUAAUGCCAAUAUUGAACUGAUGCAAUACAUUCAAACCUUUUGUUUCCCUGCCUUGCAGUUACUUCUUAGCCUUUUUGGAAAUGUGUCAGGUUACUGCCAUGAUAAGUCGUAGUGUUCGUGUUCUAAUAAACAAUUUAUUCCAUCA